AUGAAAUCAAAACGUUAUGUUAACGAUUUACAUUUAUUUUCAACUGGAAUUUCAAUUUUCCUGAAUUCACUUCUCAUAAUUCUAAUUCUCACAAAAUCAUCAAAACAUCUUGGAAGAUACAAAUAUUUAAUGAUCUAUAUCUCAAUCAUCGAAUUAUUCUAUGCAAUUCUAGAUUGUUUGCUCUCACCCUUCAUUUAUGCCUACAACUCGAUUUUUCUUGUCAUCGUUCAAACUACAAACAAUCCACUAAUCAAAAAUAAGCAAGUUCUACUCUACCUGGAUUCGAUUUUAUGCGGGUUUUUUGGAUGUUUCAUGGGCGCAUUCGCAUUGCAAUUUAUCUAUCGAUAUUAUGUUGUUUCCGGGUGAAUCACACAACUUCAAGAGUAUCUAUAGAUCAUCAAUUAUUUUCAGAUCAAUAAAAAUCAAGAGCUUCAAUGACUAUCGAAUGUGUUUCUGGAUGUGUAUCCCAAUUCUAACCGGAGUUAUUUGGGGAACAGUUGUUCAUGUGUUACUCCCCCCAACUGCAAACAUCGAUAACGCAAUUAAAUCCAUUCUUCUCUCCGAUUUCGACACAUUUCUCGAGAAUGUUACCUACGUUGGUUUAUAUUUAUAUCAAAAACAACCUGACAAUAGUGUUCAAGUCGAUCUACAAUCAAUGAUUGGACUUGGAGUUAUGCUAACUAUAAUUAUUUCCUCAAUGAGUUUUAUAGUGAUUUGUUCGAUCAAAUGUUUCCUUCAACUAAACAUCUACCUUCAAAUCAACAAGAGUAUUUCAAAAACUUACAACAAUUUACAAGUCCAAUUAAUGAACGCUCUAAUUGUUCAAACCCUUAUCCCCCUAUUCUUCUUGCAUCUUCCUUGUUUAACGAUUUACAUUCUCACACUUUUCAAUAUCAGUCUAGGACGUUUUAGUGUCAUUUUAGUGAUCACUACUACGGUAUUUCCAGCAUUGGAUCCUCUCCCAGUUAUGUUGAUUAUCAAAGAUUAUCGAUGUGCAAUUACAAGUAUUGUUACAACUCGUGUUGUUUCAGUGAAAAACAAAUCGGAAAAUCAAAGACGAAGACAUCAAGUUAAAAUUUGA